AUGGCAGGACAGACCACGAUAUUCGAAUUCCUCGAUUCAAUCGACGCUAGUUUCAUAAGUGUCCGGGUUGCAUCGGCCAUCCGCAAGAAACAAAAGAAAGGCAAUCCGGGGAAGCCCACCGCCAUUCGCGAGCGUGAACGAGUGCCAUACUCGACAGAGCUGCAGUGGCGCAAGAGAGAUGAAACUCGGAAACUCCGCAUCCAAGCACAAGUGUUAACCGAUCAUCUUACUCAGUUGAAGAAAAUACGGAAUGGACGUCUCGAGAGUAAGCCGGAUCUCACUUCAGGAAAUCUACCUCAAGACAUGAUAAACUGGCGAGGCGAGGCUGCCGUUGCUUGA